AGGCUAUCAUUUUGACCAAGCCAGAGAAACAAAAACUGGUUGGUUUUCUCUUUAUUAACAGAGCUGCUGUCUUCAUUUUGUUUUUGCAUACUUUUUUCAUGGUGUUGUUGCAGUAAUGGCUGUACAGCUCAUGAUGGGGUUCAGUAACGACGGUUUUGCUUCCAAAAUGGUGGAAGAAACCGCAGUGAGAGAAGCAGCUUCUGGACUCGAGAGUGUUGAAAAGCUUAUCAAAUUAUUGUCACAACAGAACCAGGAUAAUUUUGGUCACCAAUCUUCUUCUUCUCCUAAACCAGCCAUGGAUUUCGAUAAAGACUACAAAGCUGUUGCAGACGUCGCCGUUUCGAAGUUUAAGAGGGUGAUCUCUCUUCUUGGUCGCACCAGAACUGGCCAUGCUCGUUUUAGAAGGGCCCCUGUGGCUUCAGCUUCAGCUUCUCCUACUCAACUUAAUCUAAACAACCAAGAGAGUAGCAAGAACCAAGGUGGUGUUGAAUCUAAGGUUUAUUAUGCAACGCCGAUCCAGCAAUUUCCACCUUUCCCACCUCAUCAUCAUCAUCAACAUGAAUUCUCUUCCUUGGUUGUUCCAAAAAGCGGGGUUCUUGAGAUGAAGGAUUCCUCAACUACUAUCAAUUUCUCAUAUGCCUCUGCUGCGAAUUCGUUUAUGUCUUCCUUGACUGGUGAUGGUGAUAGCAAACAACAUCCAUCAUCUUCCUCUGCUUUUCAGAUUACUAAUCUGUCUCAGGUUUCUUCAGCGGGGAAGCCACCUUUGUCUUCAUCUUCUUUGAAGAGAAAGUGCAACUCUGAGAAUAACAUGGGUUCAGCUGGCAAGUGUGGUGGGUCUUCCGGUCGUUGCCAUUGCUCCAAGAAGAGAAAGUUGAGAUUGAAGAGAGUUGUGAGGGUUCCUGCAGUAAGCUUGAAAUUAUCUGAUAUUCCACCUGAUGAUUACUCCUGGAGAAAGUAUGGACAAAAACCCAUCAAGGGAUCUCCCCAUCCGAGAGGCUACUACAAGUGCAGCAGCGUCAGAGGUUGCCCAGCUCGUAAACAUGUGGAAAGAGCAGUGGAUGAUCCAUCAAUGCUUGUAGUGACAUAUGAAGGCGAACACAACCACUCUCUCUCAGUUGCAGACGCUGCAAGUCUCAUCCUGGAGUCGUCAUAAAGCUCUAACGUGGUGAACACAGAACAAUAUUUCCAAUUAAAACGCAGUUUUAUAUUUGAUGUUAAAAAACUUUAUUAGUUGAAUGAAUAUUGAAUAGUAGUGGGGGUAACAGUAGAUUAGUAGGGUAGCAUGAAGUGAAAGAAAACCCCAUUUAUUCGUCUCGAAGGAGAUAAGUGGGUUUAGUUUGUCAAGUCUAGUGACUGUACUGUACAAAUCUGAUCGGAAUCUGCUUGCUUCAUCUACAUAUUUUGAGCACUGUAAACUAUGAUAAUUAAAACAAAAAGCAAGGAAAGAUGGUGGAUUUGGUAUUAAAUUUCAAUCUCAAAAGGAAGAAAGUGGGGUUCUAAUUCUA